CUUUUCAGCUUUUCAGUUUUUCCACUGGAGAGUUUGGUUGUAUAUGACAGAGAAGACCAGAAGAAGGAGAUCCUGUUCCCCAAAUCUUGAAGCAUUCUCAAGGUUGCAACCCAAAAGAGCCUUUGCAACAUGAAACCCUCCAGCGAAUAUCUCCCUCUGACAUUUAUCCUUGUUCUCUUUGACUGUCCUGUCUCUGCAACCUGGAGUUCUACCCUGCCCAGCUCCAUCCAAGCCCUAAGAGGGUCCUGUGUGGUCAUCCCAUGUUCCUUCACCUUCCCAGAUUCAUGGGACAGCAAAUUCAAUGUGGCUUGGUACCAGUAUCAUUCCUGGAGCUACCCGGAAAUCUACAACAGCAAAACGCCAAGCGAAGUUCUACCAGCAUACCAGGGACGAACAGAAGUGGUAGGAGAUCUGGAAAAAGGCAACUGUACCCUCAGCAUCAAUCCAGUACGGAUGGAGGAUGCCAUGAGAUAUUAUGUCUGGAUCAAUCCUGACUCAGUCUGGCAUCGAUUCCAUGACAUCACGGUCCAGGUGGAGGUAACAGAUGUUCCUAAUCAGCUGGAGCUGAGAAAUCUGGGACUAGUGAUGGAAGGCGAUCCCACCCAGGUGUCUUGUUCAGUCCUGCACACCUGUCCUUUGUCUCCACCUGUCCUCACCUGGAAUCUAGAGGAAGGCAAGGCCGUCACAACCCAAGAACAUUUGGCAGGGGGAUCCUGGCGGACAGAAUCAAGUUUCCACUACAUCCCUUCCCACAAGGACCAUGGCAGAUACCUUCAAUGCACUGCAGCUUUUCCAAACAUGCAGCAGAUCCACAGCAGGAUCAACUUGAAUGUUCAGUAUCCUCCCAAAAAUGCAACCAUCUUGAUCAUUGGGAAUCAAAGGCUAAAAGAAGGAGACAAUGUCACUCUGCGAUGUGAGAGCCAUGGAAACCCACCACCCAUCGGCUACCACUGGUUCUUUGGGCCACACAAGGCACCGCUGAAGGUCACAGGCAGUGGCCCAGAGGUGAAGCUGAAGGACAUCCGGAGAGAUUUGGAGCCAUACCACUGUGUUGCAGAAAAUGAUGUUGGCAUGGGGGAGGACUCGCCACCUACUUACCUCAGUGUGGAGUAUAAGCCAGUGAUUUGGCCUGAAAGCAACUGUACUAUCUCAGGAACUGGAGAGACUGUAACCUGCUACUGUGUGGCAGAGGGAAACCCCACCCCAAGAAUUGAAUGGCAUCUUCCAAACCACACCUUUCCUGGAGAUUUCAACAGGUCCGAGGUGCAGGCAGACUUGAACUCUUGGGAACCAACCAUCAUUGGCAUCCUGAGGGGGCUCAGAUCUAACUUCACCCACAUCUCCUGCAAGGCCACCAAUCAGCAUGGGACCAGCCAAAUCACAUUGCCCACCUUCAAGGCAGGGAACGUCCCCCUUUGGCUCAUUGGAUUUGGGGGAAUUAUUGCAGGCCUCGUCCUCUUUGCCUCGCUGGGAAUUCUGAUUUACAAAGUGACAGUGAGCUGGAAAAAGAAGAGACAAGGAGCGGAAGAGAAGGAGGAAGAGGAAAAUCCCAGGAUACAUGGAAACGGAGAGCAGAUAAUUUACCUUAACACAGAAAAGCCAUCUAAAGACAACAAGGAGGAGCAACUCAGCAUGUGCAGCAAACCCAAUGUUCAAGGAAGCCAAGCUGCUGACAAUGAAUUAAGCACCAGCAAGGCCUAUGAGCAUAUGGAGAUGGCAGAAGAUUAUGAGAAUGUAUCAACAGAAAAGACCACUGGAUAUUACGGGAUAAGCGACUGGCAGUUUCCCUGUGGCACUGAUCAAUUCUACUCCAGCAUCUGAUCCAACAUGAGCAUGGUCAAAAGAUCUUGAGGUCUCCUGUGUAACAAGUGCUUACAUCUCCAGCUGGCUUGAUGCUCUCAGUUAUGGUGGAAAAUAAUAAUGCAGGUAGUCCUAGAUUAACAAUAGUAAUUGGGACCGGCAAAUCUGUCACUAACCAAUGUGGUCAUAAAGCGUAAUGUCAUGUGACCACGCUAACUUACAACAGCAGUUGUGGC